AUGAGCAGCUCCUGUGUGACUCUGGCUGAGGUCCUGCAGCUGAAGGGACGCCCUUUGGAGGAGGAAGAUAUAUGGGCUCUCUUACAUCUGGGCACAGAAAAUCUUCUCCAGGACCUGCCCAAAGAUCCACUUAUCCAUGUGAUUUGCCCAUGGUCAAUGGUACUUUCAGCCAGAGGAAGUUUGUCUUUCCAAGACAAUGUGUCUCACCAAGAAGCUGCCCCUUUCAGGGCACCAGAAUUGCUCCAUGGACAGAGUAAAAACAAGCAUGUUGGAUUGACAAAGAUGCUGGUGUAUUCUUUGGGAAUGACCCUCUAUUGGUCAGCAGACUAUCAGGUUCCUCCAAACCAGUCCCUUCAGCUGAGUGAUCAGUUACAUGCCCUGCUGCUAAAGCUGUGUGAAGAUCUGUCGCAUAAAAGACUUUCCCCAGAAUCCAUUUUGGAGGCAUGUGAAGUGCACCAGAAGGAAUCUUCCUCUUCUCCUGCAAGUGUUUACAUCCAGAGAAUGGUCAAAUUUGUGCUAGGAAGCAUCACUGAGGUAGAGCAGAUAGCCACUGAAGACAGCCACCUGAACAGAAGCCAUGUGAUAAGGAAAAGGCUGCACGGGAAAGCAUCUGACAGCUCAGCAUUGCCCUCCCAGCUGAAUUUUCAUCAAGUAGGUCACCUCCAGACUGACUUCCAGUUUCCCUCUGAGCAGAAAUCAGAAAAGUUUUCAGGGCCAGAAUUUAUCAUUCUGUCCAGUGAACCACCAGUGACCUUACAACUGCCUGGAUCCAUUGUGACUAAAAAAGGGAAAUCCUAUUUGUCUCAAAGGGACCUCAGUGUGAUUCUGCUCAGCGGGCAGUGCCUCGAGGUGAAAUGUGACAUCAAGUCGAAGGCGAGAGAUGUCUUCAAUACGGUCGUGGCCUACGCAAACCUGGUGGAACAUUUCUACUUCGGCUUAGCUUACCUGAAAGGUAAAGAGUUUUUCUUUUUGGACGAUGAGACCAAACUCUACAAAGUGGCCCCAGAGGGCUGGAAUGACCAACCCAAGAAGAAAACCUUCAUUAUUAACUUCACGCUCUUUCUGAGGAUAAAAUUCUUUGUCAACCACUUUAACGUCAUCCAACAUGGUCUGACAAGGCAUCAGUUUUACCUGCAGCUUCGUAAAGAUAUUCUGGAGGAGCGGCUGUACUGCAAUGACGAGACCUCCCUGCAGUUAGGUGCUUUAGCCUUGCAGGCAGAACUUGGAAAUUAUGCUCCUGAGAUGCAUGGGAAGAACUAUUUUCGCGUUGAAGACUACGUUCCCGCGAGCCGGAUAGAGAAAAUGACCCUGGCGUGCAUACAGCGAGAACUUGCCAAGCUGCACCGCAUGAACCACUCCCUCUUUGAAGAUGAAGCCGAGCUGGAAUUUUUAAGGGUGACUCAGCAACUCCCAGAGUAUGGGGUGCUGUUCCAUCGGGUGUCCCAAGAGAAGAAGGCAGCCGGAGGGGACACCGUCCUGGGAAUCUGUGCCAAGGGCAUCAUUGUGUACGAGAUGAAAAACCACACCAGAAUUGCCAGUUUAAGAUUUCAAUGGAGGGAAAUGGAGAGGAUUUCAGCUCACAGAAGAAAGUUCAUGAUCGAAAGCAACUUCAGUGGCAAAAAACACAUGUUCGUCACCGACACGGCAAAGACUUGUAAAUAUAUACUGGACCUCUGCUCUGCCCAGCACAAAUUUAAUGCUCAGAUGCAUUCCAGGCAGCUUCAGCAAGCUUCGUCUGAGGACAGCAAGUUUAUGGAAAUAGUCAAAUCAAAUUCUGCUUAUGCAACUCAGAACGAACAUCUUGCCCUGAUUCAGAGACUGUCCUGCUCAGAAAAUGUGUUGUAUGGGGCCAACCUGGAGCAUAUGUCUGCUGGGAUAAUGAGCAAGUCUUGCGAUAACCUCAGUGUGGAAACCAACAAUGGGAUUGGGGACAAAAGCAAUCUAGGCAGCUCCCACUCUGGAUUGUCCCAGUCAGAAGUACACAUUAGUUUGAAUGAAAAACGACGGAGUUAUGACUAUCUCUCUAUCCAUUCAACACCAAAUAUAGCCAGCACCCCAAGUUCCCCAAUCAACCAAAGAGAGAAUGCGCUGUCUGGAUUAGAAAGAGAAAUCAUUUGUGUCACCUUAAAACGAGAUCCUAAAAAUGGCUUUGGUUUUGUAAUUAUUGGAGGAGAAAAUGUGGGGAAAUUAGACCUCGGAAUAUUUAUCGCAUCAAUUAUCCCCGGGGGACCUGCAGACAGAGCGGGACAUAUCAAACCAGGGGGACGACUCAUCUCCGUGAAUAAUGUUAGCCUCGAGGGUGUUUCUUUUAAUACUGCGGUUAAAAUUAUACAGAAUUCUCCUGAUGACGUGGAACUGAUCAUCUCUCAACCCAAAGACAUAUCUGAAGAAGGACUGAAUGAGGAGAAGAAUUUGUCAAGAAAAAACAGCACUAGUGGGUCUGAGAUCUCUUGUGCAGACAGUGGAAGAAAAAGGAUUCAAGACUGUCAUACAGCACCUUCCAAAGAAGUAGACAUGAAUACAGAUGAACUUGAGAAGGUUCUUUCUUGGAAUUUAGCACCAAAAUUGGGUCCCAAGAUUCCUGUUCUUUCAGUUGACAGCCUGGAUAUUGAGGAAGCCAACUCCUCUCACUUUCCACCAUCUGCCGAAAGCAAUUCAGAUGAAAUCUAUUCUGUGGAGUUGGUUAAAGAAGACGGGACUCUUGGAAUCAGUGUGACUGGUGGGAUCAACACUAGCGUGCGUGAUGGUGGAAUAUACGUGAAGUCAGUUAUCCCCAGAGGACCAGCUGAUAAGGAUGGACAAAUAAAAAAAGGUGAUCGGCUGCUGGAGGUGGACAGGAUCAGCCUCUGUGGCAUCACGCACAAGCAGGCUGUGGAAUGCCUGAAGAAAUCUGGCCAGGUUGUCAGGCUGCUUCUAGAAAGGGGACGUCACAAAUCUGCAGAGCCGUGUCCAGCUGCUAAAGACAGAACGGAGGAGAAAUCUGUGAUCGUUUCCUUGGCAACGCCCUUGUCAGCUGGUCCCAACGGCUACUCCUUUGCAACAGACGAUAAUACGUUUGAAGUCAAGCUGACGAAGAACUCCGGAGGCCUCGGCUUCAGUUUUCUGCAGAUGGAAAGAGAGGCUUGCGAACACCUCGGAGGAGAGAUUGUGAGGAUCAAAAGACUGUUUCCAGGGCAGCCAGCUGAAGAGAAUGGAGAGAUUGAAGUCGGAGAUGUCAUUUUAGCUGUUAAUGAGAAACCUAUUCAAGGACUCUCGUAUCAGGAUGUCCUCAACUUGCUGAGAGGAGCUCCUCGACAAGUCACGCUUCUUCUCUGCAGGCCUCCAAAAGGUCUUCUUCCAGAAAUAGACCAGAGCGCACUGACCCCAGUGCCUUCUCCGGUUAAGGAGUUUGGGACUGUGACACCAGCUACCCCAGAGCUCAGCGGUGGUGCAGGUCAUGCUGCCAGCGAGAGGGACAGUACUUCUCCAGAACUGGAAGACUAUAUGGAUUCUGAAGCAGUGGCCUCUUGCGGUGACCCUCCUGAGGAGGAGAACUUGUCUCCUGAGGAGCAGGGCACGGAACCUUCCCAAGAGAAGCCACAUGACAGGCCUGGAGCCCACAGUGAGCACUCCUACAAGCACCUCUGGAAAUGGCGUCGGGAAGCCAUUGCCUCUGAGACGUUCCUGUCUCUGGAGGAAGAGGUGAUGCGGAACUGCUACUCACCAUGUGAGAGUGGAAGAGCUAAAAGCCCUGCCUUUGAGAGGAGUGAUGAUGACCUCGCCAGCACCUAUUGCGUCCCUGACAUUCUCUCCCCCACCCCUAUUGAUAAGGAGUAUCUCACACUCAGCUCCACAUCUCUGACCUCGCUCUCAUGUGGUGGGAGCUCAGACACAGCCUCCACCACUAUUGCCACCCCGCAGCCACGUGAUCCUUUCUCGGCACCCUUCCCUGCUAGAGAACCGGGCAAUAGUGACAACGAGUGGGAAGACUUUGAGGAACUAGAGGGAGAGGAGAAGAAAGAGGAAUAUACCAGGGAAACGGAGGUGCUCGUCACUGUGACAAGAUCGGAGAACAAUUGUUACGGAUUCACAGUGGUUCCUAACAAACUGGACAACUGCCUGUAUGUGGAGGAAAUCCUGGCUGAGCCUGCCCUGUCUGAUGGAAGACUGAGAAGAGGGGACCGACUCAUUAUGAGAACUCCUUGGAGGAGUAGAGAAGUGGAGCAGGAGGUUUUUCAGUCCUCAAACUGA